AUGGGCGUGAAGCAGUCGACGUUCGAGGCGUUCGCGGUGCCGCUCGCGUUCGGCACUGGCGUGGCCAUCGCCCGCCUGGUCACCGGCCGGGGCAAGCGCCGCGCCGUCAAGGCCAAGGCGUCCCGCGACGAGAGGCGUGUGGCGCUGGGCAAGGACUCCCGCGCGGCGAAGCUGUUCGACCACCUCGCCAAGUACCACCAGGAGCACCUCCUCGACUGCUGGGCGGACCUCGACAAGGCCCAGCGCGACCAGCUCGACAAGCAGCUCCGUUCGUUCGACCUCGAGUUUGUGCAGCGCGCCUUCCCGUCGUCCAUGGCCGUCGACGCCGUCGUGUCCGGCAUGUCGCCCGAGCCGGUGGACGUGGCGGACGUGGCGCCGAUCGCGGGGCGCGACCCGCAGGAGGCGGAGCAGUGGCGCCUGGAGGGUCUCCGGCUCAUCUCGACGGGCAAGGUCGCGGUGAUCCUCCUCGCGGGCGGGCAGGGCACGCGCCUGGGCAGCGCAGCGCCCAAGGGGUGCUUCGACAUCGGGCUGCCGUCGGGCAAGCCGCUCUUCCAGCUGCACGCCGAGCGCAUCGCGAAGCUGCAGCGCCUGGCCGCGGACGAGGUCGGCCCGAACGGUCCGGGCGGCCUCCCCGACAAGCUGGUGCACUGGUACAUCAUGACGUCGCCGGCGACGGACCGGGCGACGCGGGAGCACUUCAAGGGCGCGGCGUACUACGGGCUGAGCGCGUCGCAGGUGCACUUCUUCCAGCAGGCGACGAUGCCGUGCCUGACGCCGGAGGGGGACAUGAUCCUCGAGACCCCUGGGAGGGUGGCGACGGCGCCCGACGGGAACGGGGGGCUGUACCAGGCGCUCGCGGCGUCCGGCGCGCUCGCGGACAUGCGGUCGCGCGGCGUGGAGUGCGUGGACGCGUUCUGCGUCGACAACGCGCUCGCGCAGGUGGCGAGCCCGGAGUGGCUGGGGUACUGCCGGGCGCGCGAGGCCGACGUGGGCGCGCGCGUGGUGGCGAAGAGCGGGCCCGGCGAGAAGGUCGGCGUGUUCGUGAAGAGCGGCGCGUCGGGCAUCGCGGUGAAGGAGUACUCGGAGCUCGGGCAGGACCUCGCCGGCCUCAAGGGCCCCGGGGGUCAAUUGGUCUACCGCUGGGGCAACAUCUGCAUGCACUACUUCUCGCUCAAGUUCCUCGAGUCCACCGCCAAGGCGAUGCGCGCGACGCCGACGUACCACGUGGCGCGCAAGAAGAUCCCGUGCGUGGGCGGCGACAAGGUGGACGGCAUCAAGCUGGAGCAGUUCAUCUUCGACCCGUUCCCGUCCGCGGGGAAGUGCGUGCUGUUCGAGGUGCGCCGCGAGGCCGAGUUCGCGCCCGUGAAGAACGCGCCGGGCGAGGCGGUGGACUCGCCCGACACGGCGCGCGCGGCGGUGCUGGCGCUGCACAAGAAGUGGGUCGAGGCCGCGGGCGGGCAGGUCGUGAGCAACGCCGCGGCGCUCUCCAAGGUGCUCCCCGAGGCGUUCUACGGCGCGCUCUCGGAGCUCCCGGGCGUGGAGGUCGCGCCGACGCUGUCGUACGCCGGGGAGGGGCUGGAGCGCCUGUGCAAGGGGAAGCAGUUCAAGCUGGGGACGCACAUCGACAGCAUGCGGCUCGUGCGGCAGGGCUCGAGCGUCGGCAAGUCGAAGAACAUGGACGUGCUCGACGCGCCGCGGAGCCGCGGCCCGAGCGCGCGCACCAGCAAGGUGGGCUCGCGGCGCGACAGCGGGGCCGGGCUCAAGGAGCUCGUCAACCUGCCCAAGGACCAGCUGCCGACGCACCAGGAGAAGUGA